CGCAAAAAUGCCGCUCCAUCACCCUAAGCACCGCCACCAUGACGAAGAUCUCCUCCCCUACCGCCGCUCCGAUGACGAGGCCAAGCCGCGCCGGCCGUACACCCCCACCUUCCCCUCCUCCCCCGCCUCUACCAACCGCCUCCUCCUCUUCUUCGCCGUCGCCUGCCUCGUCCUCGCCGCUGCCUCCUUCGCCUUCGCCGUUUCCACCAGCCGCAACCGUCAGUCCCUGCCGCAGCCUCCGCCUACUGUCGCCUUCCGCUGUGGCCGCGCCGAGGAUUCGCUCCGUUCCUUCCUAGCGGCCUCCUCGCACGGCAACUUCUCUGCCGGCGACAGGGAGAAGGUGCUCGCUGUCGUUGGCGUACACACGGAGCAUGGGAAUUUCUCCGCUGCCCGACGCGCUGCGCUCCGCGCUACCUGGUUCCCGCUCAACCCCGAAGGCAUCGUAAGUUUAGAACAUGGAACUGGAUUAUCAUUUAGGUUUGUCGCUAGACGGCCAAAGGACAAAGAUAAAAUGGAAGAUCUUCAGAAAGAGGCGGAUACUUAUCAUGACUUUUUGUUUAUUGAUGCUGAUGAGGCCACAAAGCCCCCACAGACGAUGUUAGCAUUUUUCAAAGCAGCUUACCACAUGUUCAAUGCAGAAUUCUAUGUCAAAGCUAGUGAUGAUAUCUACCUGCGCCCAGAUAGACUUGCUGCUCUUCUUGCAAAAGAAAGACCUCAGCACAAGACAUACAUCGGUUGCAUGAAAAAAGGACCAGUUGUCAAUGAUCCAAAUUUGAAAUGGUACGAAAGUUCUUGGGAACUGUUGGGUAACGAGUACUUCAUGCAUGCAUCUGGUUCACUAUAUGCUCUUUCUUCUGAGGUGGUUGAAGCUCUAGCUACUGCAAAGAGUGAUAGCUUAAGGAUGUUUGAUUAUGAAGAUGUUACAAUCGGCGCAUGGAUGCUUGCUAUGAAUGUAAAGCAUGAAGACAACCGAGCAAUGUGUGAUUCAGUAUGUACCCCUACCUCCAUCGCUGUAUGGGACAGUAAGAAAUGCUCAGGUACUUGUAACGUCGCUGACAAAAUAAAGCAGCUCCAUAACACCACUGUGUGCUCAAAGAGCCCAACGUUGCCACCUGAGGUGGAGGAGGAAGAAUAGAAACCGAAACAGUUUUGGCCCUUGAAAAAGCUAUGGCGGUGAUACUCCAAUUAGAGCACUGGUUUUGUCGUCGACUGCAUUUCCAUACUGCUGUAUCAUUAGUGACCUUUCAACACCAGCGAUGGAGAGUUCUUGGAGAAUCGACACCAUCACAUUACAUGUAGUAUUUCGAGUCUACCCAAUAUGGGUUCAGAUGACGUGUUGUACUUGUACCUUUUACUAAUCGGUGGAACCAAUGAGGGCACAGAGACAUUCUUGGCUGUAUGAUGUAGUAUAAAUUGUACACAGAGUGACCUAUGUGGUUUCAUUCUUCGCUGACCAGACGGUGGGCAUUCCAUGGUUUGUUUUC